GCAAGGCGGGGGCUUGUUAGGGACUGGGGGCCCGGCAGCCGGUGCUUUGGCGGGAUCCGACGAGGCCCGCGGCUUUUUGCUGGGUUUGCUGUCGUCUCACCUGAAGGCAGAACUCCGGGGAAGUGCGCACUUGCAGGAUGAGUUGGAGCUGGACCGCAAGUGAAGGCAGGGUGGCCGCUGCGCCCCUGAGUGAUGGCCCUUGGAUAGUGAAAGUGGAGGAAGAGUCACCCGGGGGUGGGGAGUCCGACCCUCCAGGGGACUCUCCGGAUCCCGAAACUUCCCGACGGCGUUUUAGGCGGUUCUGUUUUCAGGAGGGGACGGGACCCGAAGAAGCGCUAAGGCAGCUCAGGGAACUUUGUCAUCGGUGGCUGAGGCCGGAGGUGCACUCGAAAGAGCAGAUCCUGGAGCUGCUGGUGCUGGAGCAGUUCCUGACCAUCCUGCCCCGGGAGCUCCAGGCCUGGGUGCGGAAGCACCGCCCGGAGAACGGGGAGGAGGCUGCCACCUUGGUUCGGGCUCUUCAGAGAGAGCUUGAUGGGACCUCACGCCAAGGGUUGGUGACAGUCCAGGAUGUGGCUGUGUCUCUAACCUGGGAGGAGUGGGAGCAUCUGGGCCCAGCACAGAGGGACCUCUACAGGGAGAGUGCACCGAAGGAUUAUGGGAACACAGUCUCGCCAAGUUCAGAAACCAGAAUUGAGAACAAAGAGUUGAUUCCAAAGCAAGAAAUUCUAGAAGACGUGGAGCCACGAGCGCAGCUACAAGGGUCCCAGGAGAAGGCGCCCCUGUCUUCCAAGUGUGGUAAUGCCCAUGAGGACAGGGUAGAAAAGCCCUCAGGAGGCCCCCCAUCACUGAAGCUUGAAAGGUCUCCUGAAGAGCAGGGAGUCACCAGCAUCUCAGAUCUCAAGAGUGGUCCCAGAGAAGAGGGAGACUCCAAAAACAAUGAAUUUGGGACUAGUGCCAAAAACUCAUGCCCCAUUCCCGGUCAUCACGUCCAGACAGCAGGGAGGCCUGUGACCAGUGAUGAACGUGGAGACAAUUGCAAACACAGGUUAGAUACGGUGAAACCUCACGGAUCUCUUCAUGGUGAGGAAAAUUACCAUCAUUCAGGCCUAUUUGAGACCCAGAGGCGCUUCCGUGAGGAAAGACCUUACACAUGUGACACCUGUGAGAAGAGGUUCAAACAGCGUUCCGAUCUCUUUACACACCAGAGAGUCCACACCGGGGAGAAGCCCUAUGGGUGUUCUGUCUGUGGCAGGUGCUUCAGUCAGAGCGCUACCCUCAUUAAACACCAGCGGACACACACAGGUGAGAAGCCGUACACCUGUCCCAAAUGUGGGGACAGCUUCAGACAGAGCUCAAAUCUCAGUCGGCAUCAGAAGAUCCACAUGGGGGAGAAGUACUACACGUGUCAUGAGUGUGGGGAAACCUGCCACAUCUCCAACCAUUUCAGACAUCAGAGGGCACACAAGGGGGAGAGACCCUACACGUGUGAAGAGUGUGAGAAGAGCUUUAAACGGUGCUCUGACCUCUCCAAACACCAGAGGAUCCACACCGGGGAGAAGCCCUAUGAAUGCCGAGAAUGUGGGAGGCGCUUCAGUCAGAGCGCAACCCUCAUUAAACACCAGCGGACACACACAGGUGAGAAGCCGUACACCUGUCCCAAAUGUGGGGACAGCUUCAGACAGAGCUCACACCUUAACCGGCAUCAGAGGAUCCACACGGCGGAGAAGCACUACACGUGUCAUGAGUGUGGGGAAACCUGCCGUAUUGCCAGUCGUUUCAGACAUCAGAGGACACACCAAGGGGAGAGACCCUACACGUGUGAAGAGUGUGAGAAGAGCUUUAAACGGUGCUCCGACCUCUCCAAACACCAGAGAGUCCACACCGGGGAGAAGCCCUACGGGUGUCCUGUCUGUGGGAGGCGCUUCAGUCAGAGCGCUACCCUCAUUAAACACCAGAGGACACACACCGGAGAGAAACCUUACAGAUGUCUCGAAUGUGGGGACAGCUUUAGGCAGAGCUCACACCUCAUCCGACACCAAAGAAUCCAUAGAAAUAAAGUCCCAUCAUUUUGACACGCUUCUGCAUGAGCUGUUCCCUCCCUCUCUCUCUCUGGCUUUUGGAGCACUUCAGUAAUCGUGGAUCCUAUUGCCUUGGGCAUCACACCCAGGACAGACUGAGUCCCACUGGAGGCUUAGGACGCCCUCUGUAGCGUCUGGCCCUGAGGCAGGAGUGUGUGAGCUGGGAGCCCUACCAGCACACACUCCCAGCAAGAGCAAGGGCUGACCUGUGAGAGUUCUGUCUUUGUCACUCUUCUGGGACCUCUGCUUUUGGACCAAACCUUGCCCCUCCAGUUACUUCCCUGAGAACAUAUUGCAGUCACUUAGAAUUGUCUUUCUACGUAGAUGGGAGCUAUUUUAUAAUCCAGAACACCUUGUACAGUUCAGUGCCUACAAAGAGGCACUCUAUAUUUUUGACUUUUUUAAACAUUAACCUUGCAGAGUCCCUCUUUCUUUCCCAUUUUUUCCUUGUUGGUUUAAACACAGCGUAGAACUUGGAUUAGAGCCUAAAUCUAUCUGAUUAUGUUUCUAGUGCUACACAUGCAUUGCAUCUAAAUUCUUUCUGAACCUUUUUUUUUAAUUAAGGGAAUAUAAGUACAUUAUUGGGUAUUUGGAAAAACAAUAGGGGAAAAAAAUUACCCAUAAUCCCAGCACUAUGAUCCACUUGUUACUGGUAUUUUGGUGUAUUUCCUUCUGAUGUUUUCCUGUACGUAUUUUUUUAUAUAACAAAAACCACAGUGUUUAUCUUUUAUAUCUUGAGUAUUAUGUCAUAAGGCUUUUACAUGGUUUUCCUAAACUUUAUGCUUAAUAGCUGCUCAUUUUCCGUCAAGUGGAUGUAACAAUUCCUUUUGUUGGAUGUUUCAGGCGUGUCUCAUUUUUCACUGUUGCCAAAAAUGCUGUAGUGAAUGUCAACGUACGUUUAGGAUAAUUUGGAUUGAUCUUUAGAAUCUAA